GUGGCAGCGGUCAUCGGCUGGCAAAAAUGUGACCCCGCUUCUGUUCUGUCCAUCUCCCGAUCUCCUUGCCCCUUUUCCCUGCAGGAUCCCGCCGGGAUUUUUGAGCUGGUCGAAGUGGUUGGCAAUGGCACGUAUGGGCAAGUCUACAAGGGUCGACAUGUCAAAACGGGCCAGUUGGCAGCCAUCAAAGUCAUGGACGUUACUGAGGACGAAGAAGAAGAAAUCAAACUGGAGAUUAAUAUGCUAAAGAAAUAUUCUCAUCACAGAAAUAUUGCAACUUAUUAUGGUGCUUUCAUUAAGAAAAGUCCUCCAGGACAUGAUGACCAACUGUGGCUUGUUAUGGAGUUUUGUGGAGCAGGCUCUAUCACAGACCUUGUGAAGAACACGAAAGGGAAUACUCUGAAAGAAGACUGGAUAGCAUACAUCUCCAGAGAGAUUCUCAGGGGGCUGGCACAUCUUCAUGCCCACCAUGUGAUUCACAGGGAUAUCAAAGGGCAAAAUGUGUUGUUAACAGAGAAUGCAGAAGUGAAACUCGUGGAUUUUGGUGUGAGCGCUCAGCUGGACAGGACAGUUGGCAGGAGAAACACUUUCAUUGGAACUCCAUACUGGAUGGCUCCAGAAGUUAUUGCCUGUGAUGAAAAUCCAGAUGCUACGUAUGAUUACAGAAGUGACCUCUGGUCCUGCGGCAUUACAGCCAUAGAAAUGGCAGAAGGAGCUCCCCCACUUUGUGACAUGCAUCCCAUGAGGGCACUCUUUCUGAUACCCAGAAACCCUCCCCCACGGUUAAAAUCCAAGAAAUGGUCAAAAAAGUUUUUCAGCUUUAUAGAAGGUUGUCUAGUGAAGAAUUACAUGCAGCGACCUUCUACAGAGCAACUACUGAAACAUCCAUUUAUACGUGACCAACCAAAUGAAAGGCAAGUCCGAAUCCAGCUUAAGGACCAUAUAGACAGGACCAGGAAGAAGAGAGGAGAGAAAGAUGAGACGGAGUAUGAAUAUAGUGGAAGUGAGGAAGAAGAGGAGGAAGUGCCUGAACAAGAAGGAGAGCCAAGUUCCAUUGUCAAUGUGCCUGGAGAAUCAACCCUCCGACGUGAUUUCCUGAGGCUGCAGCAGGAAAACAAGGAACGAUCCGAAGCCCUUCGGAGACAGCAGCUGCUGCAGGAGCAGCAGCUCCGUGAGCAGGAGGAGUACAAGAGGCAGCUACUGGCAGAGAGACAGAAGCGCAUUGAGCAGCAGAAGGAGCAAAGGAGACGGCUGGAAGAGCAACAAAGAAGAGAACGGGAAGCUCGCAGGCAACAAGAGCGUGAGCAAAGGCGGAGGGAACAGGAAGAAAAAAGACGUCUGGAAGAAAUGGAGAGGAGACGUAAGGAAGAGGAAGAGAGAAGAAGAGCAGAGGAGGAAAAGAGGAGGGUAGAAAGGGAGCAGGAGUAUAUCAGGCGACAGCUAGAAGAGGAGCAGCGGCACUUGGAAAUUCUACAGCAGCAGCUGCUCCAGGAGCAGGCCAUGUUACUGGAAUACAGAUGGCGAGAGAUGGAGGAGCAUCGACAGGCAGAGCGGCUCCAGCGCCAGUUGCAGCAGGAGCAAGCCUACCUCCUGUCACUGCAGCAUGAUCACAGGCGGCAGCAGCAGCAGCAGCAGCAGCAACAGCAGCAGCAACAGCAGCAGCAGCAGGAAAGAAAUAAACAAAGCUAUCAUACCCCUGAGCCAAAAUCCCACUAUGAGCCUGCUGAAAGAGCGCGUGAGGUGGAGGAGAGAUUUAGAAAAACUAAUCAAGGCUCCCCUGAAGCACAGUCUAAGCAGAUGGGCAAAGUGUUGGAGCCACCAGUGCCUUCAAGAUCAGAGUCCUUUUCCAAUGGAAACUCAGAACCUGCUCAGCCUGCCCUGCAGAGGCCAAUGGAGCCCCAAGUACAGUGGUCCCAUCUGGCAUCUCUCAAGAACAAUGUUUCCCCUGUCUCGCGAUCCCAUUCCUUCAGUGACCCUUCUCCCAAAUUUGCUCAUCACCAUCUUCGUUCCCAGGACCCAUAUCCACCUUCACGCAGUGAAGUGCUAAAUCAGAGUUCUGACUCUAAGUCGGAGGUACCCGACCCCACCCAAAAGGCUUGGGCUAGAUCAGACAGUGACGAGGUGCCUCCAAGGGUACCUGUGAGAACAACAUCCCGAUCACCAGUUCUGUCCCGUCGUGAUUCUCCACUGCAGGGCAGUGGGCAGCAAAAUAACCAAGCAGGUCAAAGAAACUCCACGAGCAAUAUAGAGCCUCGCCUGCUGUGGGAAAGGGUGGAAAAGCUCGUACCAAGACCAGGCAGUGGCAGUUCUUCAGGUUCAAGCAACUCUGGCUCCCAGCCUGGUUCCCACCCUGGCUCUCAGAGUGGGUCUGGCGAGCGGUUCCGGAUGAGAUCAUCAUCCAAAUCAGAGGGUUCACCAUCACAGCGUCAUGAAAGUGCACCUAAAAAGCCUGAAGAGAAGAAGGAGGUCUUCAGACCUAUCAAGCCUGCUGAUUUAACUGCAUUGGCAAAGGAGCUGCGAGCAGUAGAAGAUGUGCGACCUCCGCAUAAAGUGACAGAUUAUUCGUCCUCAAGUGAGGAGUCAGGGACGACAGAUGAAGAAGAUGAUGAUAUGGAACAAGAAGGAGCAGAUGAAUCUACUUCUGGACCAGAUGAUGUCCGAGCAGUGUCAACACUGAACUUGAGCAAUGGUGAAACAGAGUCUGUAAAAACUAUGAUUGUCCAUGAUGAUGUGGAGAGUGAACCUGCCUUGACUCCUUCUAAGGAGGGCACCUUAAUUGUCCGACAGAGUACAGUUGACAAAAAGCGUGCCAGCCAUCAUGAGAGCAAUGGCUUUGCCGGUCGCAUUCACCUCUUGCCAGAUCUCUUACAGCAAAGCCAUUCCUCCUCCACUUCCUCCACCUCCUCUUCCCCAUCCUCCAGCCAGCCGACACCCACCAUGUCCCCACAGACACCCCAGGACAAGCUAACUACUAAUGAGACUCAGUCCGCUAGUAACACACUCCAGAAACACAAAUCUUCCUCCUCCUUUACACCUUUUAUAGACCCCAGAUUACUACAGAUUUCUCCAUCUAGUGGGACAACUGUGACUUCUGUGGUAGGAUUUUCUAGUGAAGCAAUGAGAUCAGAGGCAAUAAGACAAGACCCAACGCGGAAAGGAUCAGUUGUCAACGUGAAUCCUACAAAUACACGACCACAAAGUGAUACCCCAGAGAUCCGCAAAUACAAGAAAAGAUUCAAUUCUGAGAUACUGUGUGCUGCCUUAUGGGGAGUGAACUUGUUAGUGGGCACGGAAAGUGGUCUGAUGCUGCUAGACAGAAGUGGUCAGGGGAAGGUUUAUCCACUCAUCAAUCGAAGAAGAUUCCAGCAAAUGGAUGUACUUGAAGGGCUAAAUGUCUUGGUGACAAUUUCUGGUAAGAAGAACAAAUUGCGAGUUUACUAUUUGUCCUGGUUGAGAAAUAAAAUCCUUCACAAUGAUCCCGAAGUAGAAAAGAAACAGGGUUGGACAACGGUGGGUGACUUGGAAGGCUGUGUGCACUAUAAAGUUGUAAAAUAUGAAAGAAUCAAAUUCUUGGUAAUUGCAUUGAAGAGUUCUGUGGAAGUCUAUGCAUGGGCGCCAAAGCCAUACCACAAAUUUAUGGCCUUUAAGUCAUUUGGUGAAUUGGUACAUAAGCCAUUACUGGUGGAUCUAACUGUAGAAGAGGGUCAGAGACUAAAAGUCAUUUAUGGUUCCUGUGCUGGCUUCCAUGCUGUUGAUGUGGAUUCAGGAUCAGUCUACGAUAUUUAUCUACCAACACAUAUCCAGAGCAGUAUCCAACCUCAUGCAAUCAUAAUUCUCCCAAAUACGGAUGGAAUGGAGCUACUGGUCUGUUAUGAGGAUGAAGGAGUUUAUGUAAACACAUAUGGAAGGAUCACCAAGGAUGUGGUUCUGCAGUGGGGAGAAAUGCCAACUUCAGUUGCAUACAUUCGAUCCAAUCAGAUUAUGGGCUGGGGAGAAAAAGCGAUCGAAAUACGCUCGGUAGAAACUGGACACUUGGACGGUGUGUUCAUGCACAAAAGGGCACAAAGACUCAAGUUCUUAUGUGAACGUAAUGACAAGGUUUUCUUUGCCUCUGUACGGUCAGGUGGAAGCAGUCAAGUUUAUUUCAUGACCCUUGGCAGGACUUCUCUUCUGAGCUGGUAGAAGCAGUGGGCUUUGGCAAGGAAUUGCUGACAUCCAGAGUCUGAGAUCUUCAUAACUCGGAAUUAUUUUCAACUGGAGUACAGACCUGCACUAAUGCAGCACUCUGUGUAAAUGUGUGUGCAGGCAUCACUGGUGUUAGGUUUCUUUUUGUUUUUCAACUGAGGCUGCGAGGCAGCUGGUGCUGUAAAGAUAUUGCCAUCAGGUGCUACAGUGUCUUUGAGGUUUGGGAUCACGCUAGAAAGCUACAGGUCUUUUUUUGCCUUCAGCUCCAGGAUUCCUAGGCUUUGAAGGACUCUGUUUGUUAGUGUUAAAACAGAGGGGGGGAAAAAGGAAAACAAACAGAUUUACCAUGAACAUGCUGUUGAGUGGACAGGAGGCAGGCAAGAGAAGGUGAGAAGUGGUGUAGAGAGUCAGAAAGGCUGAAACAGAAGGGCAGAUCUAGUCUAUCUAGUAAUGUUAACAAUGUAUUUAAUUGACAUUUCUUUUUUUGUAAUGUGACAAUAUGUGGACGAAGAGGAAGGUGCAGGUUUUAAGAAGUUAAUAUUUAUAAAAUGUGAAAGAUGCAGUGACUAGGAUGGAGAACUUCUUGGGGACAGGGAGGGUGGGAUGGGGUCAGGGUGGAAUUCUUGUUUUUUUUUGUUUCUGCAGUUUCCUUUGGCCUGGCCAAUAACUUUAGUCAUUUUCUGUGUACCAGGUAUUGCCUGAAACAUGUGCAGGAUAGGGUUAAAAAAAGGAAAAAGGAAAAAAAAAAAAAAAAGGAAAAAAACAAGAAAAAAAAGAGAAAAAAAGUUCAUUUUCUAUAAUGAUUCUGUGUUAGGCCAGAACUUGGUUAUGUCACAGUAUUAGCACUGCCUCAGUUAAAGGUUUAAUUUUUGUUUAAACCUAGAAGUGCAACAACAGUUUUACCACAGUCUGCACUCGCAGAACUAAAAAAAAAAAGAAAAAAAAGAAAUAAAAUCCAAACUACAUAUGUUUAUUUUUUGUGCCUACCUCAUUGUUUUUAAUGCGUAAAAGAAAAGAGGUGGUUUAGUUUAUACAUUUUUAGAUGAAAACCAUUAAUGUCUAAUUUAAUCUUAAUACCAAAACUACCAGAUUGAAAGGUUUCUGACUGUUAUCGUGUAGCAAGUUUCAGCAGGAGGAGAGAGUGGGCCGUUGGGGCAAUAGUGGUAGCGUUAUGGCAGUGAGACACUGAUUAUUGUAAUUUGCUGACUAAAUUUGGAAAGCAAGCGUUUUUCUAAACCAGUUUCAUCCUUAAUAGAAGUCUGAAUUCAGCCUGAAACCGGAGGUUUCACUCUUCUAACAUGUGGGCUUAGCAACAGGCAGGUAAAUAACUAGGCUAGUUCUAUAAACUGUUAAAUGUUGUAGGAAACAUUUUGGGGCGGUGAUGUUUUUCUUUUUAAGAAUGCAAUGCACUAAAACUCUUUUAAGAAUGUAGUUAAUACUGCUUAUUCAUAAAAACAACGUAUACUUGUGUUUAGAUGUAAGAUCCCAGCUCUGGCUUUUUUCUUUCUUUUUUUUUUAUUUUUUAAGUCAGUUUUAUUUUAUUAAUAAGUUCUGACAUUUGUAAUAAAUGUCUUGAGAGUAAUAAUUUGUUUAAUGGCUACAUGUUCAUUACUUGAGAAAACCUUGAGUGUAUAAUAAUCUGUUGGUGAUGUAAUAAUGCACAGUGUCACGAUUCAGCCAUUUUUAUUUUCGUUUUGUUUUUGUUUUUAAUUAUUAUUAUUAUUAUUAUUAUUCCUUUGGUGGGGUACUUUGUUGACAGCUGCCUUAAGCUGUUCAUUCAGUGAACAGGCUCUCAGUGUUCCGUGGGCUUUGUCUUCUGCUACGUUGAACUUUUCUCUCCUGGCAUGGCAGGUAGGGCUUUUCCAGCACGUGUGCUCCAGCCAGCCAGCGCCCAGCCGCGAGCACGAGCUGUGCGGAGCUGAGACUCAGCCAACUUUCUUUUGAUAUCAAUCCGACUGCUGUAAAUCCUUCAAACCCAAGCAGCGUUUCUGCUGAAGGCUCCUUCGAACGUCACAGACAGUGUAAGAGUGAGUGGUAGAUGCGUACCACGAGUGCAUGUACACACACCCCACACACCAAAAGAAUUAAAACUCAAGAAAGCCUUACAUUUGCUGGCAGAGGAGUACGUAGAAAUAUUUUUUUUAACCGUGUGACUUUUGGAUAGCGUUGAAGGUGAAGGAUGUGUUCUUUUCAUGCCUGGCGCGGUCAGCCAGAGGAACGAUGAACCUUUUGUACUCUCAUGAACUAAAGGGGACUCGGAGAAGCAACGCGGGUGUAAUCACACAUCGGCCCUGUAGUGUAGCUUACCCCAGCUGAUUUGACCCAAUGUCAGUCUGCGUGAUUUAACUCUUCCAGCGCUCUGUGCUCCAAAAUCAAUGUAGUCCUUGAAAGCUGAUGCUGUUCUCCCAGAGGAAGAUGCUCCUGUGCUGUUAGGGAUUCCCAGGUCACGGAUGCACGCUGUUGGCGUUGGGAGGCUCCCGGUGGGAAGCUCCCUCUGUCUUUGCCUCCGUAGAAGUGCCAGGACAGCGACAUGGCAAGGUAAACCCAGUAUUACAAAACCACUACGUAUACAGACAUCGAACUCUAAACAGUGCUUUUGUAAGCAAAGAAGAAAAGAAAAGCUCCUAGGUUUAGUUUUAAGCUUUAAUAAGUAAUAAUUUUCUGUAUCUUUAAGUCAAAGUAACCCUAACUUGUAUGACUGCAGUGUUUUUAUUUUUUAUCUUAUGCACAUGUUAUGUUGGAGAAAAUGUUUACAAAAAUGGUUUUGUUACACUAAUGUGCAUCACAUAUUUAUGGUUUAUUUGAAAGUGAUUUUUGUGGGUUUUUUAGUUUUUCAUAGUAGUAGUAGUACACUUUUUGUGAUUUAUAACCCCAGGUUCUGCUGAUUAUAAAGAUGCUAAACAAUACUACAAAAUGACAAACUGCAUUAAAAAUUACUAAUCGUAGAGCUGCAAAGCAGACUGGUGACAAGUAAAACACUCAGCCUUUUUUUUGCAGUGCUAUCUAACUUGUCUUCUGUGUAUUAUGGAAAUUACUGUUUUUUCCCCGUUUUUCCUUAAAUAAAGUCAAAUUGACACCUA